GUUGUCCGAGCCAUGGACUUGCUUACGGGCGAGGAGGUGGCUAUCAAAGUGAUAAAGAACAAGCGCUCUUUCAUCCAACAGGCUCAGAUAGAGAUCAAGCUCCUGCGGGAAAUUGCCCGGUUUCAGGGUGAAGAGGAGGUCGCCGCGGAAGUGGGCGCCAAUUAUGUCGGUGAGUCCGCAUUCUGUAGAUGA